GUACAGAAAUGUUGGAAAUCUUGCUAGUUUAAUAUCAGUGCGUGAACGAAUAUCUUGUCAAAAAUAAUUUCUGAGAUAAAUUUAAGAUUAAUUGAAAACAAACAAAAUCAAAAUGCCAGCUGAUCCUACCGACGAAGCACCUCCUCAAGUUCCCAAGACCGAACUGGAGGAGUUGCAGAUUAAGGCUCAGGGUACCGCAGAUGAGUCCUUGGAAAGCACUCGGCGAAUGCUUGCCCUUUGUGAAGAGAGCGCGGAAGUUGGGAUGCGAAGCAUCGUUAUGUUGGACGAGCAAGGAGAACAACUUGACCGAAUCGAGGAAGGAAUGGAUCAGAUCAAUGCAGACAUGCGAGAAGCUGAAAAAAACUUGAGUGGGAUGGAAAAAUGUUGCGGCAUUUGUGUUUUACCCUGCAAUAAAAGUCAGUCGUUUAAAGAAGAUGAUGGAACGUGGAAAGGAAAUGAUGAUGGAAAGGUUGUCAAUAAUCAACCCCAACGAGUAAUGGAUGAUAGGAAUGGAAUGAUGGCUCAAGCUGGAUAUAUUGGCAGAAUUACAAAUGAUGCAAGGGAGGACGAAAUGGAGGAAAAUAUGGGGCAAGUUAAUACCAUGAUUGGUAAUCUUCGCAAUAUGGCAUUGGAUAUGGGUUCAGAACUUGAAAAUCAGAAUCGCCAAAUAGAUAGAAUUAAUCGCAAGGGCGAAUCAAACGAAGCAAGAAUAGCAGUCGCUAAUCAAAGAGCACACCAGCUUUUAAAAUAAAGUGAUCUCAGGGAGAUGAAAUGUACAUAUAAACAGAUUUUUGUAUAUGAUCUUCGAUUUAACCUUUUUUCAAUUUCAUGGUUUUGUGUAAAUGAUUAGUGCUCCAGCAAAUAAAUAAAUUACACAAGAACUUUUUCGAAAAUACUUUUGUAAAAUUACAAUACGGCAAUGUCAAAAGUUAAUUCAGUAUACAUAUAUACACGAUACAAUGCUCAAAUUUAUAAGGACUCUCACUACUGUCGACAUACAAUACUCAAAAAUAUUACGUAAAUGUUUAUUUACCCACUUUUUUCUUCACUCCAUUUCUUAUUUCUGAAAUUACAAUAAUCGAUCAAUUUCUAAACUUAUUAAGCAAUUUUGGUAUCUGAAAUAUUUAAUGGUAUGACAAAAAAACAGUAAACUAGUCUGUAAUACAUAAAUAUGAGUUGCGCAAUGCCUCCAACACAGUAAAUGUAUCUUUAAAAACCAUGUUUGUUUUGUUGCCACAUACCUACAUUGCUUAUGAUGUUUUUUAUUUUAAAACGAUAUCUACCAUAUAUAUGUAAGCAACGCUUUUCUUGUAUGCAUUAUUACGAAAAAUACGCGUAUUCUUUGUUGACAGAAGAUAUUCAAAAACUUUUUUAAUUCAUUAAUUUACUUCUGAACAAAUUUUUAAUGUAAAAUAACAAAAUCCUACAUCAUUCAGAAGAUUAAAAUAAUAAAUUGUCUAUCCAUACAUAUUUAACAAAAAAUAUUUAAGGCUGUAAAAUAGAAAAAAAUGUUUUUAAGAAUGUAAUAAAUAAUUUACUCUCACAUGUUUCUAUUAAAAAUAUACUACAAAUUUGUAGUACAUUUCUUUUUUUUGUAAGAUAAGUUAAAUUAAAUUAAUUUUAAUUAACAAUAUUAUUAGUAAUAAUACGAGACGAUAUAAGUAAUAUUUUUUGCUCACUUGAAAAUGUUACUAAAAGAGUCUCAAGUAUGUAUAGGUAACAAUUACAAAUACAUUCCGUGUUAUUUUCUAAAUUAAAAUAAAUUA